GCGGAAAAAAAAAAAACAAUUGUUGAAACGUUUUAAAAAAGUAGGGAAAAAUAACAAACCCUUCGCGAAACGUAUGAUAUUUUUUUUUCUUUUAAAAACGCUCAGGGGAACAUUCUCAAACCUGCGCUUGCACAUAUAACACACAUGCCUGUACAUGACAGCAACGCACGUUUCUGUUUUGCCCCUUAAAACGAGGUUCACGUGUGGGCCCAACUUCCUCUCCGAAAGGUAAUAUUUUUUGUGGUCAUCCUAUAUACCACUCUCCGCUAUUGCUGUUGCAUCCGGAAUGGUUCAAUCUUAAUUUCGCGGCAUUUGUUCAUGCGUCGAUGUCUACGCUGUGGGGGGCAGUGGUCAGGGGGCUUUCUUUAAUCGAGUUGUCACGCCGCUUCACCGCCACACCGCUCCUCCUUGUUAGCUGCCCAGUUGGCCACAACCCCGCGGUGGAAGAAAAAACAAAAAAGACCCACAGGUGAGUCUCCCCUGCAGAGGCACACACAAACCGUUGCAUGCGCACACGUGUGAAACCCUCCCCCCAAGCACAUACACCAUUUAGCCAUAAUGAUAACAAUCCAAGGGGUUAGAAGCCGGUACACACGAUGCAACACCAGUCGGGACGCGAUGCCGAUGGGGAGGUGUGGAUUGGAGGCCCUAUUCGGGCGUCACUGGGAAAAAAGAAAAUAUCAUGAGAAAAUAUGCACAUAUAAUAGAGAACCAAAAGUAGGAAAGGAGAAAAAAGGGUUUUUCAGUUGUUCCAAUGUUCAAAUGAUAUCGGCUGUGAGAAUGAAGGGGGUGAAGAAUAGCCACCCCGGUGUGCACUUCUCAAGUGAUAGCAAAAACGAAUCAAAUUUGUACUUAAACAAUUAUGCCAAAAUAAAAAAAUACAUCAACAGCAUCGAUAACGAAGAAUCAGUCAUUAUGACCAUUUUGAAGGAGAAAACGUAUGACUGUAUACAGAAGACGAGAGAAAAAUUAAAAGCAAUUAUACACACGUACCCAAAUACGCCCAUCUCGAUUUGUACCCCAAAUAAUGUUAUUGGGGGACUGAGGAACACCAUUACGUUAAUCACCGAUACGUCUAUUUUGGAAAAAAGGAAAGGAAUUUUAUUUAGAGGGAGAACUGUAGAUAAAAUUUUAAAAGACUUUCCAAAAUGGGAUGAAAACUGUGAAUACCCCAUGGCAGAAGCUAUGCUUUGGUAUUUAUUAACCAAAGAAAUACCAGCAGCUGAUGACUUGAAGCUUUUCUCAAGGGAGUUAUAUUGUAGGGCUAAAAAAAUGCCAUCAUUCGUCUUCGAAUUUAUAGAUAGCAUUCCUACAUUUACACAUCCAAUGAGUCAGCUCGUGUCUACCGUUUCGUUCCUCGAAUCUUUGUCCUUAUUUAAGAUAAAAUAUUCUGAGGGAAUAUUAAAAAAGGAUUACUGGAAAUACAUUUUGGAAGACGCUGUUUCUUUAAUUGCCCAAAUUCAAGUUGUCUGUGCAUAUAUUUUUAAAAGGUCUUUUAUAGAUAAUAAUAUAAAAAAGGGGGAAGGGAUGAACCUAGAUAUUGAUUUUGACUGGUCAGCUAAUUUUGCAAAAUUGAUUGGCUUCGAAAAUGACGAAGUAAAAGAUUUGUUAAGACUAUACUUUCUUCUACAUAGUGAUCACGAGGGGGGAAAUGCAAGUGCCCAUGUAUCUCAUUUGAUUGGAAGUACCUUGGGAAAUCCCUACUUAUCUUUUUCUGGAUGUGCUAUUGCCUUAUCAGGACCUUUGCACGGAUUAGCCAAUCAAGAAUGUUUGAAAUUCCUGUUGGAUAUAAAAAAAAAACUGGAUGGUAAAGAACUAACUUACGGAUUUAUUGAAAAGUAUGCCAAAGAUUUUCUCAAUUCUGGAAGAGUCAUCCCUGGGUAUGGCCAUGCUGUGUUGAGAGUCCCUGAUCCUCGUUUCUUGGCCCUUCGAAAUUUUGCCUUAGCACAUUUUCCAAAUGACCCCAUAGUACAAAUAUUAGAAAUGUGCUAUAAAGUAAUACCAGGGAUUUUGUCUGCCACUGGGAAGGUCAAAAAUCCGUACCCAAAUGUCGAUUGCUAUAGUGGUUCUCUCCUGCACCAUUACGGUAUUAAGUACCCUGAGUAUUACACUGUCCUCUUUGCGCUUUCUAGAUCCAUCGGGGUAAUGUCCCAGUUGGUGCUAUCUAGGGGGUUAAUGUACCCAUUGGAGCGGCCCAAAUCGGUGGACGUGCACAAUUUGAAGAAAAUAUGCGAAAGGAAUUACGUAAAAAUUGAGGAAUUCGAGUAG